AGAGCGCUGGCAAGCCAUGAGGUCCGUGCUCAAUCAGCGGAUGAUGAAGCCAAAAGAGGCUUUUCAGUACAGUGCAGUUGUUAAUGAAGUUGUGACUGAUUUUGUGGAUAUGCUGGAUGAUAUGAGGAAAAAAACACCAUCUGGAGUCAUGGUGAAUGAUGUAUCAAACGCCCUGUAUAGAUUCUCUUUUGAAGCUAUCUCAUACAUACUAUUUGAGACCCGUAUUGGUUGUGUGGACAAGGUCAUCCCACCUGACACCAAAAAGUUUAUCACCUCUAUUGGUGACAUGUUGACAAAUUCAGUGUUCGUAAGUUUCCUGCCAUCCUGGACCAACAAUAUAUUACCCUUCUGGAAAUGGUACAUUCAAAGCUGGGAUUAUAUGUUUGAAUUUGGAAACAAGUUGAUAGAUCAGAAAAUGGAGAAGAUACAAGCAAGCUUGGAUCGUGGUGAGGAGAUAGAGGGAGAGUACCUGACAUAUCUACUAUCCAGUGGUAAAUUGACCACCAAGGAGGUGUAUGGCAGUGUGGCCGAACUGCUACUGGCUGGAGUGGACACGACGUCGAACACUUUAGCAUGGGCUUUAUACCAUCUGUCAAGAGACAUGGAGGUCCAGGAGGCUUUGUACCAGGAGUUGGCUACUGUUGUGCCCGGAGAGACUGUUCCUACUAGAGAACAUAUCACCGAGAUGCCUUGGCUGAAGUCAGUGAUUAAAGAAACAUUACGGUUGUAUCCUGUUGUGUCAACAAACUCCAGAGUUGCUGUUGAGAAGGAGAUAAUCGUCGGAGACUACUGUUUCCGAAAAGGUACACUGUUUACCCUAUGUCAUUAUCAAAUAAGUCGUGAUGAGAAGAAUUUCUCAGAACCAAACAGAUUCUACCCUCAGCGCUGGUUUAAGGAGAAUAAAGAAAAGAACAACCCCUUUUGCAGUAUCCCAUUUGGAUAUGGGGUGAGGACCUGUGUGGGACGCCGGCUUGCUGAACUGGAAAUGUAUAUGAUAAUAUCUCGGAUUUUGAAGAAAUAUGAACUUAGACCAGAACCAGCUGGUAGAGAGAUUGACACUGUGAACAGGGUGGUACUAGCCCCUAAGAAGCCAAUUAAUCUUCAGUUUUUGGAAAGACAUCGUGCCCAAUCUGUUUAAUUAUCACCAUUGGUGCUUUUGGCACUUUUUGAUGAAUUUUUAAGAUGAAGAACUUGUACAUUCUCUGUAUCUACAUACUGUAACAUAUUAAUUAUCAUUAACAGAUGGAAAAUUCUACCUGUUUGUAAGAGUUUUAACAUAAUCAGCAAAGUUUUAAUAGUCUGAAGCACAAAUGAUCAAUGUGCUGAAAGUACUCGAAUGUCAGGAACUUUGGUGCUGUCCACGGAACUAUGCUACAUACUUGCCACUCUUGUUCCUUACUUUGUAAGAUUAGCAAAGUGAUUUGGCUCGCAAGCAUAUACUAUUGCCUGCAGGUUGAAGGCAACAAGGACUUCCCCAUGCCAAUGUUCUGUGUUUAUGAGAAUGGACUCCAUAAUCUCGGCUAGUGGCUCUGUGAGGUAUAAAAUAUAUCCGUGUCUAGCAAUCACUGCUAGGUGAUUGUCCACUUUAGCUAAUUCCUGAUCAUGUUCUGUGUUGUAUGGCUUCAGAUUACGCUCUGUCACUAUUCCUACUUGCUUGCAAGUGUGCUAGACCUUUUAACCUCAUUAACCCUUUUGCUACUGUUUUGCACACAAAUGUGCAAGUCCACCAAACUAUGUUGUUGAUUACUGUUUUACCUGCAAGUGUACCAGACCUUUGGAUAGUGGGGGUAAUUCCAAGUUGAUCGCAGCAGGAAAUUUUUUAGCAGUUGGGCAAAACCAUGUGCACUGCAGGGGGGGCAGAUAUAACAUUUGCAGAGAGAGUUAGAUUUGGUUGGGUUAUUUUGUUUCUGUGCAGAGUAAAUACUGGCUGCUUUAUUUUUACAUUGCAAUUUAGAUUGCAGAUUGAACUCACCACACCCAAAUCUGCACGUUAUAUCUGCCUCCCCUGCAGUGCACAUGGUUUUGCCCAACUGCUAACAAAAAUCCCGCUGCGAUCAACUCAGAAUUACCCCCAGUAUUAGACCACUAUUCUUGCUCAUUGCUAAAACGCCAUUCUGCUCCAUAAAAGUCCAUAUUCUACUAACUUCUGCAAUAAAUUAUUACAUUAAACAUA